GACGCAGUGACGACAGCUAAUCUUAUUGCUGGCAUCUCUAUAAAAAGCAAGCAUGUGAAGCAGCCGCGCAUUGAGAAAGUGCAGGAGCUUGUCUCUGCUCUGAAAUGCGUUCGUGAAUCAGUUGUGGAUGAUAGACGUCUGUCAACGUUUGAGUUCUCUGUCUCUGGAAUAGUUCCUGCUCUGCAUAAUUUGUUAGCCUUGGUUGAGCGACAGCCUGGAAGCUAUCCAGCGCGUAUAUUUGGCGAAACCUUUGCACAUGGUACAGCUCUUCCCAGCCUUGCAUCAAAGAUGGUCUCCGUACUCGAGUCUACCGAAAAGUUCCCGCAGUACCUCUACGAUACUCCGGGUGGAUCUGCUUUUGGACUACAGCUUUUGUCACGACGAAUUCGAAUGAAGCUUGAGCAAGCUAUAAGCGAGCACGACGACAAGAAGCAGCUGAUAAAUAGAAGUGGACGGCUUUUGAAGAGUGAACCGCUCACAACUAUUGGUCAGCUGAAGUCAUUCCUCUUGAAGAUGGUCGCUAAACAGUGGUACGCCCAAAUUUUGCAUAUAUCCGUUGAUAAGAGAAUGCUUUGGCGAAAAGGCAAAUGUCAUCAUCCGAAAUUUUGCAAUGAUAGUGGCGCUUCAUCCCAUAAUCGACUAAGUCAACAUAGCAGGCUAGAAGAUCCAUUAUGGAAGAAAAUCGAUUUCAAAAAUCACUUGUUCGAUCGAGAACGCUGUAACUUGAGUUUCGUCAAAACUAUCGAGGAAGCGAAGAAAACUGGUGACAGGGUUAGACUGAUCUAUACCAGCGAUUUUGAUGAACAAGGUAUGUGGCUUGGAUAGUU